AAGUGGAAAGCUGGUGUAUUGUGGGAGAAUGACAUUAAACAUGGAAGCUGGAAUGUCUUGUUUUAGUAACCCACCGCCUUUCUGGAAGAAUGGACCUCAACCAGGAGGUAUUUACAGCUUUCCAAACAGUUCAACAACACACUCAAAUACCUCAGAAUCGCAGAGAUCGGCUUAUCCCAUCGUAACUGGAACGUCAGUCCUUGGACUCAAGUUCAAUGGUGGUGUUGUCAUCGCUGCCGACAUGCUCGGUUCGUACGGAUCCCUGGCAAGAUUUAGAAACAUUUCUCGCCUGAGUAAAAUCAACGAUUCCACAGUGAUCGGUUGCGGAGGGGAUUAUGCAGAUUUUCAAUUUCUCAGUUCCGUUAUUGAACAACGUGUCAUAGAUGAAGAAUGUCUGAAUGACGGAUUUGGCUUCACUCCUAAAAGUAUGUUUUCUUGGCUGACGAGGGUGUUGUACAACAGAAGAUCCAAAUUCAAUCCACUGUGGAACGUUUAUGUUGUGGCAGGGUACCAAGACGAACAACCCUUCUUAGGCUACGUUGACAAAAUUGGGGUGGCGUAUGAAGCACCUGCCAUUUCUUCAGGAUUUGGAUCUCACAUUGCACUACCAAUAUUACGAGAAGAAAUGGAGAAAAAUACAAAUAUGAAUGAACAAGAAGCCAUUGCACUGAUUCAACGAUGUAUGAAGUUGUUAUAUUAUAGAGACGCUCGUUCACUUAAUAAAUAUCAAUAUGCUGUUAUAACUAAAACAGGAGCUGCCAUUCAUGGUCCAGUUGUUCCAGAAACUAAUUGGGAAAUAGCUCAUCUCAUCCAAGGAUAUGAAUGAAUAGACAUUUUAUGUUAAAUAAUCUGACCCAGUCAUUACAAGAAUGGAAAAAGACAUCAUUUUCCAUCAUCAAGUUAUUUUUUAUCAUCAGUCAUUUAAAAAUAUUUAUUAUAAAAGUGGCCAUGCCCGUAUUAUUUAGAAAAGAAAUUUACUCUGUAUCAUUCUUUAGUGCUGAAAGCCUUGUGGGUUUAUUAAAACUGAAUUUGAUUAUAGAUUAUUAACAAGUUAUAAUUAUUAAUCAUUUUUUUUUGUAAAAGUUGUUCAUCCGAUGAAGAUUUUGUUUCUUGUAAAUGUAAAAAAUUGAAAUAAAAUUUCAUUCCAAUCAUUACUAAA